GAUCGCUUUGUAUAAAAGGGGGCUUCAACAAGAACUAGCAUCAGUUGUGUUUGAGUCUUCAAAAUGAAUACCACUACAAUUUUCCUCCUACUUGGGUUGGCCAUCGGUGUGCUCGGUGGGCAGGAUAAGAAACAGGAGAAAAGAGGAGUUUUUGGCGAAGGACUUUACGGAGGAAGUCUAGGAGGUUACGGCUCAUCUUUGGGAGGACUCGGGUCAGGCCUGUACGGAUCUGGUUUUGGCCAUGGAGUUUCAUACGGUUCCGGCUUCGGCUAUGGAUCAGGACUCGGAUUGGGAUACGGAGUCGGUUCUGGAGUCGGUCUUGGAUCCGGACUUGGAUACGGUGUCGGUUCUGGAGUCGGUCUUGGAUCCGGACUUGGAUACGGUGUCGGUCUGGGAUCAGGAGUAGGACUCGGAUAUGGAGUUGGUUCUGGAGUCGGUCCGGCCACAGGAGUUGUCGGAGGAAGCCAAGUUGUGUCAAGGCACGUCACAGUCACGCACCGUGUUGCUGUCCCAGUACCACAGCCUGUGCCAGUUCCAGUCGAAAGGACAGUACCUGUACCAGUACCCCAUCCUGUCAGGGUUCCAGUCGACAGGCCCUACCCUGUACACGUGCCACGACCAGUCCCAGUUCCAGUCGACAGGCCUUACCCAGUACCAGUUGAACGUCGUGUCCCUGUACCUGUUCACCACACAGUCAAAGUUCCUGUACCUCACCCGGUCGCAGUUCCCGUUCCAAAGCCUGUCGCCGUUCCCGUCGUGAAAACCGUUCCAGUUCCAGUUCCUCACCCAGUUACCGUCCAUCAACCUGUACCCGUCCACGUCUCUGUUCCGGUCCACACUGGAGUAGUUGCUGCUGCCCCAGUAGUUGGUGUCUCCUCGGGACUUGGUUUCGGUUCUGGCUUCUCUGGACUCGGAUAUACGUCUGGAGUUUCUAGCCUCGGAUACGGUUCAGGAUUCGGAUACGGUUCUGGACAUGGAUACGGUUCUGGAUUAGGAUACGGUUCUGGACAUGGAUACGGUUCUGGAUUCUCCGGACUUGGUUACGGUUCUGGAUUCUCUGGACACGGAUACGGUUCUGGAUUCUCUGGGCACGGAUACGGUUCGGGAUUCUCUGGACUUGGAUACGGCUCUGGAUUCUCAUCUGGUCUUGGCUCAGGCGUAGUAGUUGGAGGACACCACAAAGUUUGGUAAUCGCAAAUCGCAGCAUCGUUCAUUCAUCAACAUCUUCGCGUUCAUUUCUCACUUUCUCAUUGUAAAUAAUUCAUUUUUAUAUUGUUAAAAAUUUGUUAACUCUCUGUCUAAACAGUUGUUUUUCAGUCGGUUACAGAUGACUAAUUGACUUUGUAAGACACUGUUUUUUUUCUGUUAUGUAAUUUUAAUAAAGUUUUUACUGAAAA